GGAUGCUCUUCUCGAGACACUCGAUCGAUUUGGUGUACUCUUUUUUGUUGUAGAAUCCGACGCCGCAUCGAAACCAUCCCAGAGAGUUGCGCGGCGUUGCACCCACCCGAAGCAGCAGCCACUCCUCGCUGCUGCUCUGUCCGGCGGUCUUGUGUGCGUCAAGGUCAUUAUCGGGAGCAGCCUGUGAAGCCAUGGCCAAUUCGUCUGAUAUCGCACUUGAUGCGGCGCAAUGCAGAGCUUGAAGCGUGGUGCUGGGUGCGUGGCGGAAUAUCGCUGCGAAACAAGCACCAGUUUCCCUCGACUGGGGGCGAUAGCCCGCCCAUCAACGAUUCGGGUCUGAGGAAUGGGCGGUUCGCCGUUUGCGCGCGAAUGACUUGGAAAGCCAGAGGCCAGGCCAAGCCCGCCGCCUCUCUGUUGCCGACUUGGCUUGGGUCUUUCCAAGCAACGAUUUCAAUCCACAACCAGUCCACGGCCAGCCAGCCGCAAUGCUGAGCAGCAAGUUGAUCCUGCGCACCAAGUGUGUUGUUCUCGGCAACCCCGGCGUCGGCAAGUCUUCGCUGGUACAGGCAUUCCACUCGGACGGGGCCCAGUUCCCAAAGACCUAUGCAAUGACGAUCCACGCCGAAGUCUGUGUCAAAGCCGUGAAUGUGCCGGACACCAACAUCACGGUCGAACUCUAUCUGCACGACGUCGGCGGCCACGAGGUGUUCACGGAGUUUGCUCCUCAAUAUGCCGAAAGCGGGUCGACGUUCGUUUUUGUAUAUGACGUGACGAACAUGGAGUCGUUCAAGUCGAUCUCGUCCAAGUGGAUUCCGCUUGCAAAGAAGGCAAAGUGUGGGAAGGGACUGCACGGUGUCCUCAUCGCCCACAAGAUCGACCAAGGAUCGCGUCGGGUCAUCUCGAUGGCACAGGGGGAAGAGCUGGCCAAGUCGCAGGGAUUGGCGUACUUUGAGAGCUCGGCGGCCAGCAACCUCGAGGUGGAUGCGCCGUUCUUCUUCCUGGCAAAUGCGUUUUCGGAGCAGUACGAGGAGACAGCGAGGGAACUGACACGCGCGGCCGACGCACUCUGAGAACAGCAUAGCCAACGCCGUCCAGCGCACGAUGACCCCUACAUAUGUGUCGAUCGCCUGCAUUUUAUGUGCGCAUCGGAGCCAAUGGAGGGCGGCAGGCCUACGAGUGCGGCAGCGCUCAGACUGGAUGAACAGAACAAGCUACAAUGAAGCUUCUGGCCCGAUCUGGUCCCCUGCAAGAUGGGGG